AUGAAAAAGCUAUCGGCACGAUGGGUGCCGCGUUUGCUGACCAUCGAUCAAAAACAGCAGCGCGUUGAUGAUUCAACAGUCGGUUUGGCGUUGUUGCAGCGUAAUCGAGCGGACUUUUUUCGACCUUUUGUGACGAUGGAUGAAACGUGGGUCCAUUACCAUACGCCUGAGUCCAAUAGGCAGUCUGCAGAGUGGCUGAAAAGCCACGAAAGCCGACCAAAGCGGCCAAAAGACCAACGCUCGGCCGGGAAGAAGGGAAGAACAAUUACGGGAGAGUAUUAUGCAGCGUUAUUGGACAAACUGAACGACGAAAUAAAGAAAAAACGGCCCCAUAUGGCGAAGAAAAAAGUUCUGUACCAUCACGAUAACACACCGUCACACACCUCCUUGAAAGCGAUGGUCAAAAUUGGACCAAUUACGAUUCGAAUUGGUUGCUCACCCACCGUAUUCUCCAGACUUGGCUCUCAGCAACUAUUAUCUGUUCCCAAACCUCAAGCGGUGGCUCCAAGGAAAGAGAUUCACAUCGAAUGA